UGGGAGCGGCACAUUACCACAGCAGACGAUAUCAGCCGUGUAGGGGACACAACUACCUACGUCUGCCUGAACAGUUUGUUGUUUGUUGAGAGUUGGAGACCCAGAUCACAACAUCGUAGACGUUCUGUAGACGUCCCAUAGACGUCCAGUGUUUGGAUUAAAACUGAAACAGACUUGUGCUUCAGAUAAAGUCAACAAAACUUGACUAGUCCGGCAGACGAGAAAAGUUGGUCAUGUCGGUGGAGGAUCUUCUAAUCCACUUCAUCUACGACGAUGACGACGAACAGCGCCACAUACAGCAGUACAGCCCGUCUGACGAACAGCGCCACUUACACAAGCAGUACUACCUGCCAGGGGAGGAAAUGAACGGGGUCGUCUCCCUCCACUUGAGGACGGGGGUCAGAACAAGGGGGCUAACUAUUCACUUCCUGGGGUCCGCCACAGUCUCAUGGGAGGCGACCAACAAAAAGCGGGUGUACCAGUCCUCAGAGAUCUACCUGGAGUCAUCCAAGCCCCUGCUGGACAUCGGCCUUGACCGUUCCGUCGAGCUGCCCAGAGGUCUGCACCAGUUUGGUUUCAAGUACCAGCUGCCUACGUCACUUCCGUCUACGUUUAAUGGCGUCUACGGACAGGUCACCUACAUAGCAAAGGUGAAAUUCGAGUGUGAGGAUGAAAGAAACACGACCAUCACGAGCGAGCCCUUCAUGGUCCUGAGACGUCCCGAGCUGCCAGCCCACGUGUACCAGGAGAAAACCCUCAAGAAAAGUCGUCUGUUUCUGGGACUCACCACAGGGAAGGUGAAGAUGGUAGCCACCAUAGACAAGAGCGCCGCUGUACCAGGCGACAACAUCGUGGUGGAUGCCGAGGUCUCUAAUUGGACGGGCAAGGAGAUCAGCCUCAUCCAGGCAUCCGUCCUUCUGGAGAGUCACUACCUGGCCGAGGGUCAUGAGAUCAUCUUCAGACAAUAUCUGAGCAAGAGAGAUGACGUGUAUGACGUCAACACAUUCCGUGGACGUCGGUGGCGUCACGUCCUGCUGCCCGUGCCGCCAUUUCUACCGGACUCAGGCCUCGAGCACUGCCAGAUCAUGAACAUCAAAUAUUUCUUCCAGUUUAAGGUUCGCGUGGAGGGCAAAGAGGACAUAGCGAUGGAGACUCCCCUGUACGUGGGUACUCACGCGGAUCUGGGGGGCGUGGCAGGCAAGGAGCUGCUGCUGGGCAAGAUGUGGCAGGGCAUUGCCGAGCUGGAGGAGGAGAGGGAUCUGCCCUGGUACGGCCGGAGGUCCAUCUACACCGAGAGUGUCAAUGGGGACAACUUUGACCCCGGGCACUGAGGGGGGUGGGGCAUGUGGGGGCAACCUUAGACGGAGAGACAUCUGGUAGAAAACCUGUGUAGUGGGCCACCUUACCUGUGUAGUGGGCCACAUUACCUGUGUAGUGGGCCACCUUACUUGUAUAGUGGGCCACCUUACCUGUGUAGU